AUGGCACAAGCACGAAGUGGCAGCCUGGGGCCUCCAUACCUAAGCUCUCUUAUGUCCAGCGACGACCAGCUUGCGUCCACCUUUGACACUGGCUAUGAGCCAUCCAAGGAGGAGAGACUGCGCGGCGACAACGGUCUGCUGGCGGGUCUGUACAAUGCCACCAUCGAAGCUUCAACCCUAUGUCUGCGACAGCAUGUGCCCCCUCCAGUACCUGCUAGCGAUACUCUAGGACCUCGAGUCCUUCGUAGCGGUCGCAUCAUAAAAGCCGAGAACGCGGCACCAAGAGAAGCAGUACACAGGAAACUCAACGGCUAUGUCGCUCAACUCGUCUUGUGGGGCGAUGCAAUCUCGUCAGAAAAGGCCAGCUUCCUCGCAGCGUCCGCCUCGGACCUGUAUCGGAAUGUAGCUGAGUUGCUCCGCGAUUGUGGUAAAGGAAUACAGAGAUUAUGUCGCAAGCUAGCAACAGAUAUAGACUCGAUCUCGAGAGAGUUCUCGAUUCUAGAAUCGUGGCUGGAAAAGGUAGACUAUGUACUGGAGGCAGAUGCGGAAAGCUCCUCUGACAACGAGUCUGACGGCGAGUCACUUCGAUCAACUCCUUCCGAGGCAGAUCCUGGAGAUGAUGUUGAAGUGUUGGGAGAGAAUGUAGCGCUCUUGAUGGAUUUAUUACCAAGUAUCGCUGAUGUGUCCAAUAUCAAGGAAGCUAACUCGAACUUGGAGGUAUCAUCCAGAAUUGCGUUCGAGGUAUCAGCUCCUGCACAAUCUUGGAUCUCUCAAAUUGCAGACAACUACAAGAAUGCACCUAACGACGUUGUCAAGCGUUUGGGCGAAGCAAAUUGGCAGCGUUUCUGUAGACUUCGCAUGAGGGAAGACGAAGGCCUUGCAAAGCAAUUGGAAAAAGCGAAGUCUGUUUUCUGCCCUUCCUGGCACGACUCUGGCAUAGGUUCCUCACUCCAGCCCACCGAGGUGGCACAUUCGACCGCCUCACACAGUUCCUUUGCCUCAAGUAUGGCAGUCGACACACACCAUUACAAUCGUGUUCCACCCGAACCUCCCGAAGUCGCCCUUGGAAAACCAUUCAUGUGCCCGGUAUGUGAAAAAAGAGUCUCAAAUGUUCACAAUCGCAUUGGCUGGAAAAUACAUCUGUUCGAUGACCUCAAACCAUAUAUUUGCUUACACGAAGGUUGUGAUCACGUCCUCUUCUCUACGCGCAAGACAUGGUUCGACCACGAAUUGCAGGAGCAUCGCCAAAAGACCAUCUACGAGUGUCGAGAUUGCCACACCAUAUGUGAAGAGAAGUCCCUCUUUCAGGACCACGUUGACGUGUUUCACGAAAACCCAAACCCGGCCCAAAGGAGUAUACUUGUGGCUGCCGCAGCUCAGGUCAAGACUGAGAGAAUUCGGAACUGGGUGUGUCCUUUAUGCAAGAAGACCGACUUCAAUACCGAGCGAAAGUAUACCUCGCACGUCUGUGCACAUAUGGAAGACAUUGCCCUUACUACCUUGCCAAGGGACGUUUAUGGUGCCGAUGAUGAACCUCACGAGGAAGAGAGCUCGUCUACCGAAGGCAUGGAAGAUGAAUAUACGCGAUGCAUCUGUGGAGCGACUAGUUAUCCUGGUGUUGAUGAACGGGACAAUUUCUUGAUUCAGUGCGACGACUGUCAUGUGUGGCAACACGGAGCUUGUGUCCUUCCAGAUCAAACACGUGUUCCGGACAACUACUAUUGUGAGCAAUGUCGAACUGACGAGAAUGAAGUUGGAAAGGCUCAAGAUCGCGCUCCUGCUCGAGAGCCUACAUUGGAUCAAGGUCACUUGGUCAGUGGUACCAGUACUGCAGAUAUAGGCAACGAUCUCGUGGGCCGGACUUCGACUGAUGAAGCAGAUCAAACCUGUGCCACGGACCCAGAUUCUUCGUUAGGUAGUGAUGACGACAAGAUGAUUCUCUUUAGCAACCUCGAAUCUUAUCCUACGACUGAAACAGCAGCUGACACUUUGGAGAAUUUCGACUAUGAGACGUUCCUGAAUGCGCCCUAUAACGUCGACUUUACGAGCAGUGCCGUUGAGCCGUCCGCUGUAGGUCACUUCUCUAAGGGCUUCCAGCAUCUAAAAGGUCGGCUCUACCCUAGUAUUGACCUACACAAUGUCGACGAUAAAAGAUCACUGCAGAAUCAGCAGGGACAAGCUCGACCUCAGAUGAAUCCUCAGAUGGAGCAGUUACUUCAGAACUAUACAAUGACGUUCUUCAAGCAGGCAAUUACAUUAGAGGCUCAGAAAUAUAGCGGUAAUCCCGGCAUGAUACCUGGUCAGGUCAAACAUCAGCUACAGCAGAAUGCUCAGAAGAUGGCCUUGCAGCAACUGGGCAAGAUGAGACAACAUCAGGCGCAACAACAGCAGCAGCAGGGUCAGCAACCACAACAAGGACAAGCUCGACCUCAGAUGAAUCCUCAGAUGGAGCAGUUACUUCAGAACUAUACAAUGACGUUCUUUAAGCGGGCGAUAACACUAGAGGCUCAGAAGUAUGGCGGUAAUCCCGGUAUGAUACCUAAUCAGGUCAAACAACAGUUACAGCAGAAUGCCUUGCAGCGUACGGGCGAGAUGAGACAACAUGCGGCGCAACAACUACAGCAACAACAACAACAAAGUCAGCAAAUGCAGAACGGCAUGACGAAUGGACAACAAGGAGGUCAAAUGCAACAUAGACAAGCAGCUCUGAUUGCCAAAGCUAGAAAUGACCCUAUUACGAGCCGCGACACUGCGAGACAGACCCGGACUUCUCUAAGCCCAUCAGAGCUUCUGGAGCCUGAUGUUAUCGACUCCGACGGGCUGCUCAACGACAAGGUAGAAAAUCAGCCACAUAGAGACUACUUUCAAGAUUCGGGUUAUCACAGUGGCCCACUCUUCCAGCCUCCAGCAGAAAAAGAGCCUGGCGCAUCUUCUCAAGUUCGCAGGAAUUCACUCGGCGAUACGCCACAGCCACAACAAAUCCCCAGAAGACACAAAUGCCCUAUUUGUGCAACCGAGUUCACAAGACAUGAGAACCUCAAAAGUCACCUCCUGAUCCAUUAUCAGGAAAAGCCAUACCUCUGUUCAACAUGCAAUUUUGGAUUCAAAAGGCUACAUGAUCUGAAACGUCACACGAGACUUCACGCUCGCGAAGUUAAGCAAGGCGAAACUGGAUAG